AUGGUGCUUUUCAAGCGCAAGCCGGUGCAGUUUCUGCAGACGCCGGUAGUAGAAGAUGAGUCUCUGGAGGUGUGGCAUAUUCCCCAGACGGGGGAAAUCUUCGUGUCGUAUGAGGAAUAUCUGAAUCGCAUGGAUUUUUAUAACCAGCCGCGAUUCAUCUGCCAGAUCACCGGCCACUCUGGCUUGACAUUCUUCGCAGCUCUGAGAAGCGAACAGGCUGGCGCCGAAGAGGUAGAGCAAGCUUUCCCCGAAGCACUGAAAGGCCCCGUCUUGCGACGCGUCCAGUUCCAGACCAUCUCGCGAAUCGAUAAUCUCGUGGACUUGAUAUACGACGAGUUCAAGGCCGACUAUUACCCUGGAGAAGCUGUCACGAUUCACCUCAUGAACGGCGACCGCACGACCGGCAUCGUCAGGGACAAGGCGCGACUGGGCAGCAAAGUACUACCUGACGGCACUCUCACAGAGCCCUACUCGCGCUACUUUACCAGCAUUGACGGCAGACCCGGCGAGGAGGGCGUCGUCGACGAGAACAACAUCUACCGUGACAGGAAGAUCUUUACCAAAGCCGUGCUCCGAUCCUUCAUCAAGAAGACCGUCACUCGAGAGGCCUGGACGGGAGCACCUUGGCUUGUUAAGCAUGACGUCGCAGCGCAAUACCACAUCGACACCCGCGUACCUCCGCAUUUGCGGUACGACAACAAAUUGCUGGAGCGCAAGCAACACCAGGCGCAGAAGAGGGCCUUGGGUGCGCAAGAGAUGAACAACUCCAACGGCAUCUCAUUCCAGGCCACAUUCGGACCUACGAGGUUGCCUGAGCUCAAACCCGCGCCCAAGUCCCAGAAACUAGCCCGGCUUCAAGAGCAGCAGUUCAAAGGCAGACAGGGCAUCCAUGUUGGGCCAGAUCCGCACUUUGUGCCUGGCAACAACCCUUUCCAGUUCCCCGUCUCGUACCGCAACAACAUGCCACCACCUCCCACGCCUGUCGUAUACACGCCUCCUGCUCCACCGCCGCCCCCUCCACCCCCCAAGUAUCCAAUCGAAGAUCUCCAGCUUGAACCGCGCGACGAUUACGUACGACCGCCAUUGAAGUUCAUAUGUGCCGACCCCCCUCAGGGUGUGGUUGAUAGCGGCGCUCGAAACGAUAAGAUCCUCAUGAAAUCUAUCGGGCCUCUGUUGGAGACUUGGGAUACCUUGAACGUCUAUGCCGAGAUCUUCAAGCUGGAUUCCUUCACGUUCGACGACUUCGUCCAGGCCAUGGAGAUUGCCAGCGCAGACAUCCCCGUUCAGCUUUUUAACGAAAUCCAUUGCGCCGUCUUGAAGCAGCUCGUGAGCUCCGAAGCAGAUGGUGGCAAGCUUUUGGUACGAAUGCCAGAGCUUGAAGAGGAAGAGGAUGAUGAGAGCGAGGACGAAGAAGACCAGAGCCAAAUUCCUACCCCAGAGCCAGAACCGCAACCAAAACCGGCAACGCGUGCAACUCGAAGUAGCCUAGCUAAGGCCGAAGCCGAAAGACUACAAGCCGAGACGGCUGCUGCAGAGAAAGAGGAGGUUGAAGCUACCCCAGCUCUAAAACAUCGUGCGGCAGAGGCCCUUGCGAACUACGAUUGGAUUGAACAUCUGAAGAAGCGCGACUUUAAAGAAGGCGGGUGGGAGCUCAUCAUGGUUGGGCUGUUGAAUCAGUUAUCUCGAGAUCCCAGGAAGACCGAGGUUUGCGAGGAGCUGCUAAUUCAGCUGGUGCCACCCGACCAUGAGCCUACACAAGAGACGGUACAGCAGUGCUACGGCAAGCUUGAUCUCAAUCUCCGGAUUUCCGCUCUCCAGAUAAUAUGUAUGUUGACAGUCGGAACCAAGGCCGUCCGUGCGUAUAUGGAGGACUGCUCCGAGACUAUGACUGGCUAUCGAAAGGAAAAGAUCGAGUGGCAGAAGAAUCGAAAGCAGACAAUCGAGGAGCUCAAGGCCCUAAACGAUCAGCGCAAAAUUCUACUACCUGCCAAUAUGCCGCAAUCUCCCAAGUCCGAGGAUGCGCCGGAAACCAAUGGUGACGUUAAGAUGACGGACGCCGAAGAGUCACAGCCUGAAGAGCCUACCGAAGACAUUGUUGAUAGUGACGAGGAGACUUCCCUUCGACGUAACACGCGACGCGGAGGCGAUCGUGCUGUUGCCCAGAGAAAGCAAAAAGAAAGGGAAGAAGAGCAACGCAAGAAAGAGGCCGAGGCAGCCGCUAAACUCCCAAAGCAGUCGAAACAGUUUAUCAAAGUUGUCAAGGAUAUCCAGAAGAAGGAGGACUAUGUCAAGAAAUGCGAGGACGAGAUUGCGGUUAUCGACAACGAUCUACGAGAAGCUGAUUGUGCGCGCACUCGAGUUCUGGGCAAGGAUCGCUUCUGGAAUCGAUAUUACUGGUUUGAACGCAAUGGCAUGCCCUAUGCUGGUCUUCCGACCAGUUCUACUGCUGAAGCAGGUUAUGCCAAUGGUUGCAUCUGGGUUCAAGGCCCCGACAAUCUCGAACGGGAAGGCUACAUUGAUCUCCCCCCAGAGCUGCAAGCCGAGUACAAGCAGAAGUUCAAGAUCACAGUGCCCCAGCGAAAGAAGAUGGAGGAGGGUCGCACAAGCGUUUUCAACGCGCAUCAAUGGGGCUAUUAUUCCGAUCCAAACGACGUUGAUUCCUUACUUAGCUGGCUUGACCCCCGAGGCUUCAAUGAGCUCAAGCUGCGCAAAGAAUUGCUCAACUACAAGGAGAAAAUUGUUGCCGGUAUGGAGAGUCGGGCAAAGUACCUCGCUGCAGUUGAAGAAGCGGAGGACAAGAAGGAGGAAGAACAGUCAAAGGAGCCAAAGCGUAUGAGCACUCGCGCUAAGAACCAGCCCUCUCCAGAGCUCCAACCACAACACCGAUGUGCAACUUGGUACAACUCUAUGGCGAUUGACGACAUUGGCCACGUACACAGCGAAGAGCCCCCUCCCCCAGAGAAGAAAGCUAAAAAGCCUGCUCGAAAGUCCAAAGGCUAA